AUGCACCGUCGACCGAGUAGGGUAAACACUGAUGUCUGCUUUCCUAUGACAGAAGCAGCAUAUAAAGCUGGAGCAUCAGCUUUUUUCAAAAGACCUAAUGGGAAAUAUAAACAUUACGAGGAAAGUGAGCAUCCAACAGAAUCUUCGUAUAGAUUCACUUUUUAUUCUACAGCAUAUAGUACAGUGCAUGCACGGUCGUUAGCAGAGAUUCCACCAGCUGGUCUAACUCUGUCUGAUAUGAUAAAAGCAGGAUGUUGGUGGAUUGAUGUUUUAUCACCAACAGAUUUAGAGAUGAGAGAUUUUGGUAGGAUAUUCGGAAUCCACCCUCUUACGGUUGAAGAUAUAGAAACAGAAGAAACUAGGGAAAAGUGCGAACUUUUUAAAGAGUACUAUUUUAUUUGUUUUCGAUCAUUUGAUCAGGAUCAUUAUUCUCCAACAUAUCUUCAGCCUGUGAGCCUUUAUGUUGUGGUUAUGAAGGAAGGAAUCUUAUCGUUUCACUUCCGGCCGACACCACACCCUUCUAAUGUAAGACGACGAAUAAGGCAACUAAAGGAUUAUGUUACGGUCACGCCAGAUUGGAUCAAUUAUGCGCUUAUUGACGACAUCACAGAUUCUUUUGCGCCAUUAAUUCGUACAGUCGAGUUUGAAGUUGAUUCGAUUGAUGAAUUAGUUUUGAUUCUUAAAGAAUCCGAACAGACGGACAUGUUACGUCGGAUUGGGCAUUGUCGUAAAAAAGUUUUAGGAUUACUAAGGCUAUUAGGGAGCAAAGCGGAUGUGAUGAAAGGGCUCAUAAAAAGGUGUAAUGAACUUCGGUGGGAUGUGGUCAUUAGCAAUGAAAUUGUUCUAUAUUUGGGCGAUAUUCAAGGCAUGAUAUCUAUUGAGAUGACGCAAGCAAAUAACCAAAUUAAUGAUAUCUUGUCUCGUCUCACUGCUUUAGGAACCAUACUAGUUCCCAUGAACCUUGUUACAGGUUUAUGGGGUAUGAAUGUUAGAGUCCCGGGUCAGGAUAAAGACAGCUUAGGAUGGUUUGUCUCCAUACUAAUGGGAUUGUUGAUUUUCGCCAUCGUAGGAGUCGUUGUUGCACAUCGAACGGGGAUCGUAUAA